AUGUCGCUCAAGCGAAAGUCGACCACCUUCGACGCAAUGCCCUCCAGCCCAUUCGCGCCCACAUCUGGCGACUGGGACAUGACGGACAGCUCCAAACACCUCCACAGUCGCACCCGGAAGCGCUUUCGGGACGGUCGCCCAAGCGAUGAGGCAGUCUAUGCGAAAACACUCCGGUGGAUCUUCUCUGCCCAGCAGCAGCAAAAUGCCACAGCUAUGGACGCCUGUGACGAAAGCAUGGACUCGGAAACGACUUUCGAUGCCUCCACCGAAAUCGUUGACCCGCGCCAGCAAACAUUGCAUCGCUUCUUCCAGCCGCGCGCUCAGCCGGCCAUCCCCUUCAAACCAUCCCGUGAGGCGCUGGCGCCACGCGCCAAUGAGACUGCUUUGGAUCAGGGCGCUAUUAUGCAACGGGAGGCUUUCGAACGCAUGAACUCGGUGGGCAGUUCCAAUGGAAGCGAGACCAUGAGCCCCGGGCUCAACCAGAUGGAUGUUGACAUGGACAUGGAUAUGGAUACCGACGCUAGCAGCGCGGGCUCAAACACUGCCAAUAUGGGUGCUUUGGGUUGGAUGUGA